UUGUGUUGCAGAUUCGCCGAGUUCUCAGUUUACAAAUAGAAUUCCUGAUGGAGUCGUGGAAAGAUCACGCUGCGGGGAAAGUUUCUGCCCAGAAUCUGGUGAAGAAAACAGUCACAAGAUACAAACAAAACAAGGAUGCUGGAACACUAGCUGUUAUUCAGUGGAUCAUUGAUGUGUGCAAUUGUAAAUAUAGAGUGCAAACAGUUGAAAGCAUCCCAGACGUGCCAAAACAAAUGGAAAAUGAAAUUGCUGCUGGUCAUGAAGGUUUCCCAAUAUUAAAAAACAAGAAAACUUCAACAAAGCUGUGCCACUUGAUGCAAAUGUUGAUAAAAAAGUGUGAGCAUUCUAUUCUGUACGAUGGGUUUCUAAUGAGCAGUCUUUGCCAUUUAUUGUGCAAGCUUUCAGGAAGUAAAAUACGAGGCUUCAGAUAUGUUAGCACUUUGGCAGGGUUAUCAAUAGCUUCAGAACUUGCAGAAUUGUGUUGUAAUGUAGAGAAACAGAGAAAUAAUUUAAACAAACAACUUAGCACUGAGAGAGAUUUCACUGUUGAAAGGGAAGUUUCGUGGCGAGAAUCACUUAUUUCAUCUUUGAGUGAGAUCUCUGAAAAUUUGCUGGAAGCUGUUGGACUAAUGCAACUACUUGUUGGACAGAUAUUCAAGCACAGAGUCAAGGACUGUUCAAGUAAGAUCAGACUUUUCUGUUGUGAAAAACUGAAGUCCUGGGUGGAAGAAUAUCCAGAAAUUUUUGUCUCUGGUGAAUACCUGGAAAUAAUUUAUGUUUUGACGCAUGAUUCUCUGAAGAGUAUUAGAAUGUGCAGUUUAAAGAUUAUGGAAUCAGUUAUUUCAACAGGAGAACCAAAGCAGGAAACACAACUUUUUCUUUCGCAUAGUAAAGCAAGACUUAUUGCAAUGACAUUAGAUGUUUCUCCUGAGAUAGCAGUCCAGGCUAUCAGAGUUCUUGCUGUAGUAGACAAAUUUUAUCAGUCAGUGUUAAAUGAAAAAGACAAAGAACAACUUUUCUUUCUGGUGUUCUCGGAGCACAAGCCUGUGGCACAGGAAGCAGCAGACUAUGUAUUGCAAGUAUCGAGAGUGAUAAUGGAAGAAGAUGGCUCAAGUUUACUGGAAAACAUUGCUUGCUUCUUCAAGGAAUGUAAAUAUCAUGGAUAUGAAACACUGUAUGUGGACUCACUUUGGGACAUAUGUAAAGAACUAUGUGACUGGAAGGAAUUCAUAGAAUGUUUUUUGCGGCAAAAAGAUGCAGACGCAAAGUCUGCAUUUUUGAGGAUCAUGGUGAGCUGUAUACAUAGAGCUGUGACAGGUGAAACACCUAGAUGUAAGGGAAGGAAAACAUUCCAGCAGACUGUUAUGACUAUUGAGAGAUCAAAAUCUAAAUUGAAAGAGGAAGAGAGGAAGGCAAUAACUGAAGUAUUUAUGGAUUAUCUCCCUGAGAUUAUAAAACAAAAUAUGAAAGAGGAAAUCAUCUUGAUAGAUUGUCUCAAAAUACCAUUAUAUAUGCAGACUGAUGUAUAUGGAUGCAACAUUAACCAGAAGCCACUUGAAGAACUUUUGGAUGCCUUAAAAGAAGUUGUCCUCUUCACAAAUGAUGAUAGUGUGCUAAACAGCAUUACAAAAGUAUAUGAUCUGUUCAGUUCCCCUGAAAUAGCAACUUUUAACACAACUGCUAUGAGAUGUGGAAUGUUGAUGGGGACUGUAACAGAUGCCACGAAAAAAGCAAUGGAAAAUUUUCAACACAUUGUGCAGGAAUCUAUGCCACCUGUUGCUGUUACCUAUGAAACUGAAAAAUGGACAAAAAAAGUGUCUUAUCUAAGCAAGUGUAUUGAUAUUAGAAGUUAUGACAUACUUAAUGAAAUGUUACAAUUUAUUGCUGCUGACAUUUCAGGAAGCUUUCCAGUUCCUGACGAGGUUAUGUGCUAUAUGCUUCAGAGUUGCUUUAAUGGGAUUAAGAUGAGUGUGGAAAAAUCUUCUGAAGCAGAUAAAAACAGCGAAAGUUUUAAAAACCUGAUAAAUGAUUUGCAGAAAUUUAUUCAACUUUUGACAGCUCUUAUGUCAUCCGAUAGUAAAACUCCAACUCAGAAAGAGGCCUUCAACAUCUUUUGUGAGCUUGUCUACUUUCUACAAGUGUUUUGCAGGAACUAUCCCAAUCUUUCUAACUUGCUGUAUAGACCUGAUGGAUAUGUGGAGGACAGAUUAAUGUAUAUUUUAAAAGAAUGGGUUUUUGCUCUGCCAGGCACAAGUUUCACAGAUCCAUCAGGAGAAUCAGUAAGUGAAACUACAUUGGACGAACGUAAAAGGAUGUUGAAAGGGUACUGGAGUUUGAUAUCUUGCUGGACAUUACCCAUUGAUUCUGCAGAAUUCAUAUUCAAGCACUAUGCACAGUUUCCAGAAUAUGAAGAUUGUUUGCAGCAGAUGCUUCAGGUUUUAUUGAAAUUUGACACUGUACUGUGUGCUGAAGUUUUGGUUAAUACACUAUGGCCGAAGAGUAGUGCACCAGAAAGCUUGAAAUCUUCAAAAGGAAUGGCAAAAAAAUUUGCUGAUGUGUUUGAAGCAAAUAGUAGUGAAUGUCGAGAAGCUGUUGUUGCCCUCCAGAAGAGAGUGAUCUUUCACAUUAGUCAGCAUGAAAACUGCUCCAAAUAUCUUGAUUUUAUGGAGAUUUUUACUGACUUUGCUGAAAUUACUCACAUGUCUGAUGUUGACGAUAUGCUCAUCUUCCUGUAAUCAACCUUCAACAAUAAAGCAUAGCCACCCAUAACUAGAUAUUCAAAACAGCAGAGAAACCAGAAUUUGUCUAUCCAUUCAGAAAAACUACCAAUAAAGUAUUGUUCUGUUGAAGAGAUCUAGGUCAGAAUUUAGAGUUUAUGGGCAAAUAUUGUUAAGAUGUUUAUCAAACUGCAUGUGUACAAAAAAUAUUCCUUUAGUUGCAAUAUUUUCAACUUAGUGUUGAAUGUCUGUUUAAUUGAUUAACAGAACUGUAUGGGGUUUUCUAGAACUUUUUUGAUUUUUUUGGUUAACAAUAGUAAAAAGAUUCAUGUAUUGUAGCAGUUUCUGAAAUUUCCUUUGUAGUUAUGCUAAAGAAAAAACUCGCUACAACUCAUGCAAAGUAAAUAAGAGACAUAUCUGUAAGUCUAAUUUGCCAUUAUUUUUACUGGGAUUUUUUGUGAGCUUAUUGUUAAACACU